UGAUAGAUAAUUAACUCGUUUUGCUAGAUGCUAGUUUAAUCCAGAACACAAUCAAAAUUGCCUUGAAGAUUAACAGAAUAUCAUUCACAUCAAACUCGUCAGCUAGCUAGCUAAUCAUAUAGCUAGCUAGCUACUAAGCAUCCUAAGCUUGACAGCCAGCUAGCCAGCUAGCUAUGAAGCAUACAUCAAUCCUAUGAAAAAGAUAGCUAGCCAGCAAGCUAAUGAAUCUCUUAUCUACACCAAGACUCGACCUUGGAAAUAUGACAGCUGGCCAGAUGACUAAAUUGUCCAUGUUGGUAUCAUAGCACCCUCCUUUGCCAGCUAAAAUACUUGCUAGUUAGCUAGCUGCCUGUUCCAGUUAUGACAACGUGAGCAUAAUGCACUUUUUUUCUUUGCGAGGGAGUAGAACAAGUUGACCCAAGCUGUGAUGUGCAAACUGGGAGGUGUUAGCUAAUCUCCGGGAAAUUCAAGGAAGUAGCUAGCUCGAUAUAGCUUGCAAAUUAUUAAAGCUACACACAGCAGAUAACAAACGGGCGACGGGACAAUUUAUUAUUUAUUGUUUCUCUAUAAGAAAAAACAGAAAUGCCAACGCCGUGAUGCAAAUUCCGAGUACUGGGACACAGAAAGACAGCUAAUGUUAAUGAUAUCAAACGUUAACAUAAUGAAUGCAACAAAGCUAGCUGGUUAGCUACUGUAGCUACUAGCGGUACCAGGAAGAAAUAUUGGUGGUAGACAUUUGAGUUCCUGCUGUCGGUAAAUUACCAGUUAUUUAUUAAUACAUGUAACGUUAACGUUACAUAUUUAGGGCACACACAAUGGAUGUGGCUGGCCUGUUCUUUGUGAACCCCUGUGGAUGACAGAGCCACUGAUUUUUUUUCCAAGAAAACAACGAGGUGAAAGGGGCAGCAAGCUUGCCGGUGUUAAUUAGAAAUGACUGAUUUUGGCUUUUUGCUGUGUAGCCAAAUAGGUAUGUAGCUAGAAAGUGAACUGCCCACAACAAGCUCUUUUCCGACCGGCAUUUGCGGUGUUCAUUUUAGCUACCUUGCUCUAUCGCACCAUUGUAGCUACAUAACUUAGUUAGCUAGAUGUAGCCGCAGUGCUUUUAAACUAUUUUUGGCGGUGUCGUCUUAAUAUUUUUGGUUGCUAUGGCAUUUUUAAACGGGCCUAGGCUAUUGGACUGGGCAAAUUCACCUCCACAUCUUCAAUUCAACAAAUAUGUCCUGACCGGCUACCGACCAAUAUCUUCAGUGCAGGAUUGUAUCAGGAGUCUGUUCUACCUGCACAACGAGUUGGGAAACAUUUACACACAUGGAAUCCCCCUGCUCUGUUUCCUGGUCAUCCUCCCGCUCAACAUCCCCUGGUCCCAGAUCAGUGUCACGUGGCUGGGCGUGGUCCACUUCCUGGCCUGCCUGUCUCCGCAGCUGGGCUCUGUUGUUUACCACCUCUUCAUGAACCAUGAGGGCGGGGAGCCAGUGUACCACACCCUGCUCACCCUCGAUAUGUGCGGUAUCUGCAUGAUCAACACUCUGGGAGCACUGCCCAUCGUCUACAGCACCUUGCUCUGCUACCCCUUCAUCCGCAGCGUCGCCCUGACCGUCUACAUCCUGCUCUCCAGCUACGCCAUCUACUGCGCCAUCACCGCCCGCAACAACGUGCGCCGGCUGCGCUCCUUUGCCUGGCAGGCGCUCUUCCGCUUCUCCUUCUUCCUGCUGCGCUGGGUUGGGGUGGGCGGCGGCAGCCCCACCUCGCUGCGCCACUUCCUCACCAUGGACACGCUGGCCGUGCUGGGCGGCAUCAUCAACAUCAGCCGCAUCCCCGAGCGCUUCCGGCCGGGCCUCUUUGACUACUGGUGCAACAGCCACCAGAUCAUGCACGUGCUGGUGGUGGUCUCCAUCCUCUACCUGCACUGGGGGGUGCUGGACGACCUGUUGUGGAUCAACAGCUACCACUGUCCUCCGGACUGA